CAGAUAUGAUAUCCUUGUUUUCGCAUGGGCAAGGGGACCCCUUUAAAAAAAAAAAAAAGGUUAGGGGGACCCAGUUAGUGUAGACGUGUCUAUAUGUGAGUAUGAAAUUCAAAGGGGAGUCCCAUAAGUAGGUGCAUGGCAAUGAAAACUCUCAUAGUCAUGGUCGUUAGGCAUCAAAUCCGUCGUGUCUCUUUGGUGUUUGCCCUUUUGAAAUUAAUGUUGCAAAGGUCCCAUCCCAACCUAUCCCCGACCUUCCCUCUACUCACAUUUCGAAAACUUUUGUGGAUCAACGUGUUCGGAAAUCAUCCCCGGAAUAAAUCCUGUUAUAACAACAUCUUGUGUUCCGAAACCGUCCACGGAAUAAAUCCUGUGAUAACAACAACAUCUUGUGUUGCGAUUCGACUUACCAUAUUAAGCUCAGGCAUUGGAUGAGCUGAGCACCCCAGAAGAACUAGUUUUGUUGUAGUUCCCUGGUCACGGGAUAUUAAACUGAAGUUAUGACGCGAUGAAAAUGAACGUCGUUCCGGGUAUAGCUCUCCUGUCAUUUUCAGGGGAAUGAGAACACAUUAUGGCUUUUAAUGGAGAUGGGACCACAAUAAUUUACCACAAUAAUUUCAAAUUAGUGUGAACAAAAGACGGACAAUUUAUAUGAUCUCCAGCGCUGCACGGAGCAUCAUUGAACACAGAACCAAAACUCCAUGUUGGUGUCCUUGUUCUUCCUCCUCGCUCUCCUCUCGCCCUCGCGGUCGGACCCCCGAAUAUACGAGGCUGGCCUGUUAUGUGGUAAUGCCACGGCCGGGAUGACUGCCCGGAAGAGUGGCGGCACCGACCCGAGCUAUGUCCCGAGGUUCGUAAAGGAGAUGGAGGUUCUGUCACAGCGCAUGGCCACCCACCACUUUGCCACCCACUUCAUAGACUCCACUGUCGUUCCGAUCUACGUCCUUUCACAGUGCCACAGGGACCUCUCUCAGACCGACUGCCUACUCUGCUUUGCCGCCAGCCGCACGAAGCUGCCCCGCUGCCUCCCUUCCCUCUCCGCUCGCAUCUUCUUCGACGGCUGCUUCCUCAGGUACGACACAUACCGCUUCUUUGAGGAGUCCGUGGAUGCGUCCCGCGAUUCUUCCAACUGCAGCUCGGGGUUGGGCUCAGUGGAAGGGCCAGACAGGCCCAAAUUUGAGGAGAGCAUGAGCUAUGCAGUCGGGAAUGUGACGGAGAUUGCAGGCUCGGGAAGAGGGGGAGGGUUCGGGGCCAUGGAGGUGAGGGGAGUGUAUACACUGGGCCAGUGCUGGAGCAGCCUGAGCAGUGGGGAGUGUAAGGUUUGUUUGGAGAAGGCAGGGGAGGAAGUGAGGAGGUGUGCACCAAGCAGGGAAGGGAGGGCUUUGAAUGCAGGCUGUUACUUGAGGUACUCAACUGUGAAGUUUUAUAAUGAUGGGGGAAAAGCAGAAGAUUCCAACAAUUCUGGAUCAUGUGCAAUCGGGGUUGCAGUAGCAAUUGCAUUGGUAGCAUUUGCUUUCAUUAUGCUAUCUAUGUUUGCUGCCUAUGCAGCCUUUAAGAGAAUAACUAAAUUGAGACGAGAGAACAUUUAUCUCCGACAGAUUUCCAUUGGUGUCGACAGGUCGAGUCUAAACUUCAAGUAUGAGACACUAGAGAAGGCAACAAAUAACUUUGAGGCAUCGAGGAAAAUAGGCCAAGGAGGGACAGGGUCCGUGUACAAGGGGACGCUCCCCAAUGGGCAAACAGUAGCGGUCAAGAGGUUGGUUUACAACACAAGGCAGUGGGUUGAUGAGUUCUUCAAUGAGGUGAACUUGAUAAGCGGGAUUCAUCACAAGAACCUGGUGAAGCUCCUAGGCUGUAGCAUCGAAGGGCCCGAGAGCCUCCUGGUUUAUGAGUACAUGGUGAACAAGAGCCUCGAUCAUUACAUUUUUGAUAAGAACAAGAUUCAGACACUAAACUGGAAACAGAGGUUCAACAUCAUUGUUGGGACAGCGGAGGGGCUCGCACAUUUGCACUGUGGAUGUAAGGUCAGAAUCAUCCAUAGAGACAUCAAAAGCAGCAAUGUCCUUCUAGAUGAGAAUCUCAAUCCCAAGAUCGCCGACUUUGGCCUCGCUAGGUCCUUUGGGCCCGACAUGAGCCAUCUCAGCACUGGAAUUGCUGGGACACUGGGAUACAUGGCUCCUGAGUAUGUUGUCCGGGGACAACUCACGGAGAAAGUGGAUGUCUACAGCUUUGGAGUGCUAGUCCUAGAAAUUGUCUGCGGCCGUAGGAACAGCUCGUUCAUAGAGAACUCUGCUGGUUCCCUUUUACAGAUGAUGUGGAGGCUGUACAAACUGAACAGCUUGUGCGAAGCUGUGGACCCUUCCUUAGAAGGCAAUUUCCCGAGGGAAGAGGCUGCUGAUGUGCUUAAGAUUGGGCUUCUGUGCACUCAGGCUUCUGCCGCUGAUAGACCUGUUAUGGCUCGAGUUUUGGAGAUGCUAUUGCUAACAAAGGGCGAUUCUGAGGUUCCUGAGCCAAAUCAACCACCGUUCUUGAGCGCUAGAGCCAUGGGCUCGGCAAGCUCCACCACAUCUUACAGCACAAACAGUUUGAUCUCAAACGGGGCCACUAAAAUGGCAACGUUCUACACAUCCUCAGAGUGCUCCAGCACGGGCUCAAAGAGUCAUGGAUAGGCAAUCGAGAGGCGAGGAUCUAGCAAGGGAUUAGCGUACUCAGUGGAGAAUGGCUUUUGUGGUAAUAUUUUCACCACAUUAUGCCACGGUACAGUCCUACCAAAGCCUGCAAACCGUUGCAGGGAUUAAGAUGUUUACUAGGACUAUCCCGAAGCCUGAAAACCAUUACGGGGAGCGUGAUGUUUAUCGGGAUCGGACAACAGGCAUAUACCAAGAAAAUUGCACUGUGAGAGUUUGAAAGAUUCCCGAUUUGCACCGGAACAAGGGAGCCAGAUCCGAGCAUCACGUUCUGGCCUGCCUGACAGUUGCGGUAACAUAUGCCGCCGGAUUAUUUGUGUUGUUAUACGAUAGUUUGAGUAGCCAGUCCGUUGGGGUCCCAACCAGCCCCUGUCAUGUAUGUACAAUUUUACGUGGCAUAAAUUCCAUCUCCAUGUUAAUCCAUGAA